AGUGCAUUUUCAAGAAGCAAUAGAUGCAUAUUCUAUAUAGAGAGAAAUACCGUAUAUUUCUCUCUAUAUAAAAUCGGCCCUCCCAGCCCUCCGUGUUGCAGUUGACAGCCACUCACGAGGACUAGGGGGUCAAUGCGGAAGUAAACUACUACUUCAGGGGCACUUCCCAGAGUACAUGGCAUAUAUAAAAAUGUGUAUAGGAAUUUCGAAGAGCAAUAUCUAUAUUCUAGAGAUUGUAGAGAAAAAUUGGAUUCAAGAGGAAAAUGUCAGACUGCAUUUCCACACGGGGCCUCUGGGCGCCGCUGUCGGCCAGUACAGGGCAAGCGCAGUCGCCUGGGAUUUCUAUCUCCAGCCUGGGAUUUCCUGGGCAGUCACCACCAACACAGAAGAAAACCCGCUUACACACUGAGGGUCGUGGAGGCGCAGACGUUGCCCAACAUACACAGAUUCCCAGCUCCGCCUAUUAUGGGUGGAAUGCUCUUCGAGUGACGCCGUGGACUGCAGUUUCUUCAGCUUUCCGGAAAACUGGAACCCAGCGAGAACUAGAGCGCGCAAUGGGAGGGAGCUGCGCUCAGAGGCGCCCGGCCGGCAGGCGGCAGGUACUGUUUCCCUUCCUGCUACCUUUGUUCUACCCCGCGCUCGGUGAGCCGAUCCGCUACGCGAUUCCCGAGGAACUGGCCAAGGGUUCGGUGGUGGGGAACCUCGCCAAGGACCUCGGGCUCAGUGUCCUGGACGUGUCGGCUCGGAAGCUGCGAGUCAGCACGGAGAAGCUGCUUUUCAAGGUAGACGCAGAGAACGGGGACUUACUAGUGAAGGACCGAAUAGACCGCGAGCAGAUCUGCAAAGAGAGAAGAAGAUGUGAGUUGCAGUUGGAAGCGGUGGUGGAAAAUCCUUUAAACAUUUUUCAUAUCAUUGUGGUUGUUGAGGAUAUUAAUGACCAUGCCCCUCAAUUCGAUAAAAAGGAAGUACUUUUAGAAAUUUCUGAAUCUGUGUCCGAAGGUGCACGAAUAUCCCUUGACCCUGCCACUGACCUCGAUAUAGACAUGAACUCAGUUAAAGAUUAUCAGAUAAAUCCUAACCCUUACUUCUCGCUAAUGGUUAGAGUUAAUUCCGAUGGUAGUAAAUAUCCAGAGUUAUCUUUGGAGAAACUCCUAGACCGGGAACAGCAGCAUUCUCAUCACUUAAUACUGACUGCCUUGGACGGGGGGAACCCACCACGAAGUGCCACCACUCGAAUAGAAAUCUCUGUCAGGGAUGCCAAUGAUAACUUCCCAGUGUUCAGCAAAGAUGAAUACAGAAUCAGUGUUAGCGAAAAUCUGCCCCCUGGAUCUUCCAUGUUGCAAGUGACAGCCACUGACAAGGAUGAGGGGGUCAAUGCAGAAGUGAACUACUACUUCAGGAGCACUGCUCAGAGGACAAGAUACAUGUUCUCGCUGGAUGAGAAAACGGGUAUGAUUAAGAAUAACCAAUCAUUGGAUUUUGAGGAUACAGAAAAAUAUACCAUGGAAGUGGAAGCAAGGGAUGGAGGUGGACUCUCUACCCAAUGUAAAGUAGUCAUAGAAAUCCUAGAUGAAAACGACAACAGGCCAGAAAUAAUCAUCACCUCUCUCUCUCAUGAAAUUUUGGAGGAUUCUCUUCCAGGAAUGGUGGUGGUUCUCUUCAAGACACGGGACAAGGAUUUCGGAGCAAAUGGAGAAGUCAUGUGUAACAUAGGAAAGGAUAUUCCUUUCAAAAUUUAUUCCUCUUCUAAUAAUUACUACAAGCUGGUGACAGAUGAACCCCUAGACCGAGAGCAGACUCCGGAAUACAACGUCACCAUAACAGCCACUGACAGGGGCAAUCCGCCCCUCUCCUCCAGGACUACCAUCACCUUGCACAUAACCGAUGUCAAUGACAACGCGCCAGUUUUCCACCAGGACUCUUACGUGGUUCACGUGAUGGAGAACAACCCUCCAGGAGCCUCCAUCGCCCAAGUCAGCGCCUCCGACCCCGACCUGGGACCCAACGGCCACGUCUCCUACUCCAUCGUGGCCAGCGACCUGGAGCCACGGGCGCUGGCGUCCUACGUGUCCGUGAACACGCAGAGCGGCGUGGUGUUCGCGCAGCGCGCCUUCGACCACGAGCAGCUCCUACAAGAAGUACUGCCCGAUGUCAGUGACCGUCCGGAGCCCUCUGACCCUCAGGCCGAGCUGCAGUUUUACCUGGUGGUGGCGUUGGCCUUGAUCUCAGUGCUCUUCCUCCUCGCGGUGAUUCUGGCGGUGGCCCUGCGCCUGCGCCGCUCCUCCAGCCCCACCACUUGGGACUGCUUUCAGCCUGGUCUCUGUGUCAAGUCUGGGCCUGUGGUUCCUCCCAACUACAGUGAAGGGACUUUGCCUUAUUCCUACAAUUUGUGCGUGGCCCAAACUGGAAAGACAGAGUUUAACUUCCUAAAAUGUAGUGAGCUCUUGCAUUCUACUCAAGACAUAGUUUGCGGUGAUUCAUCCGGGGCCUUAAUUCCACUUCAGGGUGAGCAUGAUUUGACUACACAUCCUGAGAUGCUCACACCGGCGUGA